GAUCCCUGACAGUAAGUAGUAAUUGUGAGGAAACAUCACAAUUUUCUGUUGUACAUCAUAUAAACCUAUGAUAUAUAAUAUAAUGCUAUGAGCUAUGAAAUGUACGUAAAUAUCAAUAUAAAAUGUAACACAUCAGUAUGAUGUAAGUUUAAUUGCUUAUAUGAUGGUGUCUUAUUUUUCUUAAUUAUAGAUUGGAUCUGUUUUUUCCCCCCUUUCUGCCUCAACUGACCUAGACCAGUCUUUUCAUCUGCAUGGCCCUUUGGUCUGGAACUGUCCCAACUCCAGUCUCAGCACCGACCGCCACCCCAUCUCUUGCCUCAACGCCCCGCCAACCCUCACACAUAUUACAGUGUUUUAAUGACUGCUCCUUUAAAGACGAUAGACUCAAUGAAAAAGUAUAUAAUACUACUAAUUCCAUAUACCAUUCUAGAAGUAGGUAAACUUUGACAGAUGUCAAUUAAUAAUCAUUAAAGAAUCCCAGUCACAUCCAGCCCUAAGGUGUGCCUUAAUCUUUUGUUUUGUUUAUGUGUUGCAUAAAUUCAGUCUAUGUAUGUUUACAAUUAAUAUAUACCAUAAGAGUGGAGACAACCAUGUGAAUCAUUUUCCCAUUUCCCAAUUGUUGAGUAAAGAUAGUAAAACUUGCUAAAUACAGAGUGUUACAUUUUUUUAAACGUCACUAUAUGUUACUUCUGCUGAUUGGCCAGUUGCAUGUCAAUAAUGUAUAUAUAUAGCAUUUAUCACUGCUGUUUUGAUCACACCUGAAACAGAGAAGUCUCUCAUACAUUUGCCAUAAAGAUCUGAGCAGCUCUUCUUGAGAACCAUGAAAUCUUUCCUCCUUGUUGCUUGUGUCUUUGGACUCUGCUGUGCCGUGCUAGCAGAGGAUGAAGACCAUCGAGAGAAGCGCUCAUCAAGCCAUUCCUCUGAGAGACGACCUGGAGGCUUCUUUAACCCAUACCCAUUUCAGCGUCCCUAUCCCUACCCAUACUUUCCCCCUUACUUGCCUCAGCCUCCGAACAACAAUGCCCUUCUCAGCCUCUUGCCAUUCAUCUUAGCACAGCUGGCAUCCACCCCUGCUCCUGCCCCGGCUCCAGCUCCUGCCCCCGCACCUGCUCCGGCACCCGCACCUGCCCCAGCUCCAGCUCCUGCUCCUGGUGGGAGAUAAGCUACCAGUUGAAUUAAAAAAAGAAAUGUGUCUGAUUGACUAUAAAUGCACAUUAUAAUGUCUGAAUUAAUACCCUGGCUCUUGGUAUCUUAAAAAAAUAAAUAAACUUUGCAACAUUGA